AUAGAUAGGUAAAGCGCUUCAUAAAUAAUAACCGCGAUCUCUCGCUGUUUCGGUCUGCUUCACGCUGCAUGUUGCUCCAGACUUCCAAAAUAAAAAAUAAAUUGUUCUACCUCUUACAUCAUAUUUAUUCGUAUUUGUCAUUUUCCCGUUUUCUUUUGAACUGAUAUUUUUGUUUGAAUCCUGUCUUCGAUAUCACCUUCAUCGGCAAUAUGUCGACUGAACCAAAUUUAAAGUUGGACGAUCUGGCAGCGGCAUUUUCUGGGACGGUCGGAGUCUCUUUCUCCGCGGAAAGUUCGGCGACGGUGCAUCCCAGGAUGUGUAUGUUCAAGACGCGGGACAGUAAGCAAAGUCAGUGGGAGAGACGGAAGGAGAAACUGCGGUUUCAGAGAGAGAAACGUAGAGACUACGCUGAUGUAGCCAGGAAGCUUGCUGAAGAAGAUUAUGCGAACAUUACACUCAGUGAUGACGAGGAAGAGGAAACCAUGGAUCACACCUCACCAACUUCGGGGAAAAAUAGGAGUAACAAGGGAAAAAGAAAAGGAAAGAAGGAACGAUAUUACAGCAAUCAGUUGAUGUUAUCCGAAUGGUUAGAUGAUGUUCCAUCAGACUUGGCAGAGAAUUGGUUGAUGGUUCCAUGUCCAAAGGGAAGAAGGACAUUCAUCAUAACAAGCAAGGGCCGGACCUGCCACUACACAAAGAGUGGUCAUUGUAUGAACCAGUUUCCGAGUGCUCUACCAGGUGGAUCAAGUGGACAGAGUAGGAGUAGAUCAAAUUACACUAUCCUUGACUGUAUCUACAGUGAGAUCCACAGAACCUAUUGGGUGUUAGAUUGUAUGUGCUGGCAUGGUCAUCCUGUGUAUGACAGCGAGACUGAGUUCAGGUUUUAUUGGCUUCAUUCUAAGCUAGCGGAGGAACCAGAUCUGGCUACCGGUUUCAAGAAACAUCCCAUGACAUUUUUUGGCCUUCCCUCCUUCAAGUGUGAUACACAGACGUUACAAGAUGCUAUGGCCCAGCCUAUGCCAUUCAAGGAUGAGUUGGAUGGGCUACUCUUCUACCACAAGGCGCUUCACUACACCCCCGGUGUCACCCCACUGGUCGGUUGGCUGAAACCCUGGAUGCUGCCGGAGAUCCUGGGCGUACCCAUACCAGACGCCCUGAUGGCCAAGAGACCACUUGGGGCGCAACUGAGACCCCCUUCAUCCACCCCUUCACCUGCUAAACCUGAGCAGACGGUGCAGAGUCCAAAGGAUGGGAAAGGAGAUGCGAAGAUAGAGGCCAUGGAUGAAUCACCAGCAAAGAGCUGAGGUAUGCGAGAGGUUGUUCCUCAAUUUCAGAGAAGCAGCAGGAUACUCUUUGGACAUUAAUUUGCCAUGUUGAUGGUGGUCGUCAAAGUAGACCCUGUAUUUUAUUAUCUGAUUCACUUGUAUCCAGGUUGACAUCAAGGGUGACACUGAGGCACCCUCUUUCAAGCAAUUCUGCAAUAUUAAGAGGUGCCAACUAUUGUGAUAUUUGCCAAGAAUAAUACAGGUGUCUGAUAUAGGAAACACUCCCCCUCUCCUAUCAUAUUACAACACAUGUAUCUACUGCUGGAAAGGGAAAAAGACCGAUUCCCUUCCAACAUUCUUUUUGCAACCAGGGAAAUAGUUUCUGUCAGGAACUGUUUUUCCUGCUUCUGUUUUUUUUUCUGAAUUUCCCUUUUUUAUUGAAUGCAAUGGUAGUUUGCACUGACUAUCUUUUUUACAUUUUUAGGGCUAAAUUAAACCCUCACAAUAUUUAAAUAGUACAUACAAGUUUGUCAUCCCUGAAAAUUUGAUGAAAUAGGCAAGAUGUAGGAAGAUUAGAAAUAAGUUAUUGGAGACAGGGUCCGUUUCCAUAAAACUUAUUAUGAAAACAAAUUUGCAAUAACAUUCAAAAGCUAUUGAAACCAUUUGUUAUUGAAAUUGUGCAUUUGUUAUUAUAAGAAGUCUUUGAUGAAACAGGACCUGGGACUUGGAUUCAGCUCAUAAAGCAAAGAAUACAAGGUGCAAAAAGGAAACCUUGAUGAUAGGUGACGUUUUUUGUUCUUAUAUUUUUAUGGCAUUUUAUAUCUUUUAAUUGAUAUUGGCAAAAAGAAGCUGCUGAAAACUGCUUAUCUAAUAAAAGAGAGCCAAUGGAGUAAAUUAGAAAGUCAAAUGGGGGCCUAAGCUUUCGAUCCUAGCAGAAUCUUCGUCGGAGGCAAAAUGACAAACAUAUAAAGUGGAACAACCAUAACAUAGACCACAGACAAGCUACAGCAACACUAGAAACAAGGAGACAAAAGGGGCAUUAGUGAGUAGAGAAGACCAAGCAGGUUAGUGAAGGGGAUGAAAGAAAAAGAGUAGGCAGACACAAAGGGAAGUUAGUGUAAGUAAGGCCAGUAAGAGACCUCAAGCCAAGAGAGAUUAAGAUAAUGAGGCAGGCAACAUCAAACAGGAUCUGGAACAAAACAGUGAUAGAGGGUAUGAGGAAGAGAUGAAUAACAAGAGAAUUAGUGAGAGGUGGGUCAAACAGGUUACAAAGAAAGGCAUAAUAAACUGGUGCAUAAGAGUGGGGAAAAAAGGAAAAGAAUGGGGAACAACUGAUAAUGUGCAAAAGAUAUAUGAUAAAGCAUUAAACAAACUAAGAGAAGAAGGUAAGCGUAAAAAAAAAAUUCCCUACUAUAUAGUCUUGUUUUUUCCCGUCACACCUAGCGGAUUACAAUAUCAGUUACACCAUAUGUGUAUUUAUAUUUUUUCAUAUACAUUUCUUUUCUGGAUAUAUUAUAUACAUAUCACUUAUAGAUACAUAUUUACACUUAUUAUUUAAAGACUAUUUACACCCCCUCCCCUUAUUUUUUUCACUCUUUCAUCUGAAACGUCUGUUGAUUCAGAGGAAAGAUCGAUACAAAAAAUUCGAAAAAUUACUUUACAGUUGCAACUAUUUUUGCUUCACGUGAAUCAUAAUUUAUUUGCCAUACUGAAAAUGGUUAAAUUUAGUCUUUACAGAGACGACUCAAAUAAAAAAAAUCUAUCCAGUAUUAUUCUUUUUUCAAAUCUCACAGGUGCAAUAAGCCUGUUCA